AUGUCGCCGGGCGUGGCCAACAUCACGUUUGAGCAGGUCUACGACAUCAAUGACAACAAUUCGCGUAUAUUCGAAACAAGUCUAAAGGAUACAAUUGAUAAUAUUGUCCACGGCAAAUCCGCCACACUUGUAGUCACAGGCGCAAAAAGUGCAGGAAAGUCGCUUGCUUGUCAUGGUGACAGGAGGAAGCUGAAUGAAAGAAAAACAAAUUCAGGGCUGAUAACGUUGGCAAUACAAGAGACCUUUAGCAUUUUGAAUGAGAAAGCUAAUGAUUUGACUCGAUAUAACGUGCUAUUAAGCUGCUGGGGAGCUGAUUGCAACGAAAUGAGCAACAAAAGAGUUUUAAUGGAUCUUUUAGCAUUUAAGAAAAUAUCUGAUGUGGAUGACAUCGAGAAAGAAAUGAUUAAUGGUUCGAUACUGGUGAAUUCCUCAGAUGAAGCUGUGCAUUUGUACAUGAAAGCACUAGAAAGAGUUAGUGAUGCAGAGAAGCAGAAUUUUGUGUUUGUGCUUCAUGUGGAGACACAGUGGCCUAGUGGCGAAGUAAGACGGGGGCGUUUUAUUGUUAUUGACAUUCAUGGUGGAUCCAUUAUCGAGCCGAGAGCACAAGAGACUGGCAAAAUCACACAGAUGAAGGAUAGGAAUAGAAUUUUUGCGGAUACGUCGCUUUCAGUGAAUAAGCCACUUAGUGCAAUCUUUGGGGCGUUUAUAGGUAAUACCAGCUCCACGUAUGUAAUGGUUGUCAUACAAACUUCGCCACUCUCCAGCAGCAGUCAGGCCAUUCAGUCGCUUUUAGCCAACACAAAUCAAUAUUUCAAAACACAAACAAAUCUGCCUCAAGAUACUGAAGUAUUCGCAUCUGACGUUCAUGAUGAAAUCACGGUACUACAACUAGCUUUGGAAAAUCGACACCCUAAGUACUUCUCGCAAACAUGCUCACCACCAUUAUCUACGACCUCAAACGAUUCCUCAUAUGAGUCGCCAUUCGCUGGAGCAUCAACAGAGGUAUCAUUAGCCCAUCGUGUGUCCGUGAAGGGUGAAAGCGAAGAAUCCCAGAAACAGUUGGCUGUCUCGAGACGACUGCGUAUUGCUUACGACAUUGCAAAAGCUGCUACAGAUUUGCAAUCAAAGCAAAGUAUUGCAUACUCUGUGCAAUCCGUUCAGACUGGCGAUACAUCAAGUCAUGCAGCAAUUGAUGAAUCACUGGCGCAUUCACCUUGCGACAUGAUACAUAAACAAUCAGCUCAGGCCAAGUUGGAGACACUAAAAUCCACUCACACUGAACUAGAGCGUGCUCUAGCACACGAGGCUUCAAUUAAAAAUAAGUGCGUAGACCGCAUCUCGCGACUAAGCCAAACGUUAAACUGCCAGAUGGUCGAACACGAGAAGCAGCUUCAAGCGGCGCUGAAAGCAAAGUCUGCUGUCGAAGAUCAACUUCGAGACGUAAAUGCUAAAUUUGACGAUGCUAAGCUCGAGGUUUUGCGCUUGCAAGAAGAAGUCAAGUCACUUAGGGCUAUUCAGCCAACUCUGGCUGAGCAUACGGCUGCCAAUGAGCGUAGAAUGCUUCACACGUUGUCUGCUAGGCUUGAACAGGCAAUGAUUGAAGCAAAGGAUGUGAUUACUUUCAAAGAUGGUAUAAUAACGUCUUUGGAAAAUCGACUUGAGCUCGCGAGCAAGCGUGGUGUAGACGCUGUGACACUUAUGCAGGAAGAGAGGAGUCAAUUUGAACGCGAAAAGACCAAAUUAUUCACUCAGCUGGAGAACAAUAAGAAAAUCAUCAACUCCACGGAAAACGAGGAGAUACUGAGACUGAAAACUGAAAAUUUAUCACUUCAGCAGCAAAAUGGUGACCUCACUGCGCAAGUGAAGCAUUUAGCGUUAGAUUUGGAGUCGGCUAGGUUGCAGUGGACAAAGGAGGCUAGUCACCGUGAAGUGCAAGCAGAACAGAGGUGUGCACAGCAGCUAGUCCAGGCUGAGAAACAGCUCGAACAAGUGACAAUUGCAAUGCAGCAACAAAUGGCACAAUUUCGCAACGAACUUGAUAUGAAGGUCGCAAGACAGCGAGUAGCAGCACAAGUCGCGUGCAAGGCCAGUUCGCUGAAGUGUGAUCUUGUAGAACGUAAGCUGGAGCGAAUGAAGAAAAAAGGAGUCAAGCAGAAGGUGAAGAUGGAAGAAAAAUCGCGUACACUUCUAGCAAAUGCUUCUAAAGAAUACGACAAGCUAGUUGCAAGCUUACAACGUGAGCUCAUGGAGCUAGCGGAACGUUUGAAGGCCGCGAUGACAUGUGAAGAGAAUGCUUUGAGGCGGGCAAAGAAAAGUGAAGAAGAUGCGGAGCGAUUAAAAGUUGAUCUUGAACAGCUGCAAUCGUAUACGAGUAAGCUGGACAAAGAACGCGUUGCCUUGAGUCAAGCUUGCAAAGAACUGGAGACAGAUAAAAUAGCAAUGAAAGCUGAGUUUGAGAUCCGUACACACGAGAUGGAAAAAUUACUAGCAAAGCAAAUCAUGGCAGCUGAGGCGCGUGUUCACAAGGAACGUGACAAUGAGAUACAAAUUUUAACAGAAAGGCACAACGCUGAAAUAGAAAGCUUACAAUGUGAGUCAAAUAACCGAGAAAAAGAAACGAUGUCAAUUGGGCUCACGCGAAAGCAAACUCCAUCCGCUGAAUCAUCGCAUACUUCUUCUGGUCAAAACGAUCCGAUUGUAUUGGGUGAAAACCCGCAAAAGAGUAUUAGCGAUCUUGGCGAAUUAAUCGAUUCGAAAGAACGGCGAUGCAAGAAUCUAACUAAACAAGACAGAGCUGAUGAGAAAGCUUUUAUUGCAAUGAAGAGGGCAUUAUUACACAAGGAAGACGAAAUUGUUGGACUCACAGAACGUCAAAAGCAGCUUUUAGCUGCAUUGGCGAUGGCCAAUGAGCAGGAAACUCUAGCAAAGAAACAAUCUCAGGAAUUGGAACUACUACGUCAGAAUGAAGCGUCUCGAUACGAAGAUCUUCUGCAACAGCUCAAUAGUGUCAAACAGGAAAAUUGGAACCUUAGUCUUGCUCUUAACAUUACAGAGGCUACCAAUCAACCGAAAAGCCAUGAGAUCUGA